CUGAUGGACCCAAACAGGCCCGUGCGCCAGCUCAGUGGCUCAGUGUUCGGGUAGACUCGAGGGAGAAUGGACGUCAUGUCGCGCUGCUCCCGCCAUUACACGCGUACUUCUCUCACGGCUUUUAAACUACGCACGACAGGCUCAUUGUAAACAAACGCACGUGCUUACCAAACAAACAAACAAACAAACAAGAAGUAAACAAACAAACGCGUGUGAAAGGACUGAACUGAAAAAAAGAAAGGAAAAAGACAAACAAGAAAACAAACAAAAAACAAGAAAAGUAAACAAACAAACAAACAAACAAACAAGAAAGCAAGUGGAAUGGUAUCAUGUCUCUGGGAUACGAAAGCAACACCACCACCAUCACCACCACUCCCCACCACUACCACCAGCCACCAUCACCACAACUUCCACCACCAUCACCACUUCACCACCACCACCGCCUGGCGUCACCAUCACCACCACGCAACACCGCAGCACAAAGAGAUGAUCAGCUGUUGAGAAGAGGAGGGUAUGUGGGUGGUGGCGGUGGUGGUGGUGGCCCCUCCUCUUCCUCCUCCUCCUCUUCCUCCUCCGUGGUGUUUGGGUCACAAAAGGUGGAUCUCAACUCCGCUACACCUUACAGUGAUGCAACACAGACCAAGAAGCACCCGGUCAACCACAUCAAGCGACCCAUGAACGCCUUUAUGGUUUGGUCGCAGCUGGAGAGACGCAAGAUCGUGGCACGUCACCCUGACAUGCACAACGCUGAGAUCUCCAAGCGGCUGGGCAAGAGGUGGAAGGCCCUCUCAGCCAUCGACCGCCAGCCCUACAUUGAUGAGGCGGAAAGGCUGAGACUUCUGCACCUUCAGGAGUAUCCAGAUUACAAGUACCGUCCCCGGAAGAAGGCUCGUCUCCUCCCGUCCUGCGUCCUGUCCUCCCGCUCGUCCUCGCCUGGCACCUCCCCGUCCUCCACCCGAAGGAAGCGCCGCCCCGCUGUGAAGCUCCUCUCGUCCACACGCCUACGCAUCACAGUCACGAGCCCCAAGCCCCCGCCAGUAGCCCCGAAGAGGAAGCGUGGCGGGAAGGGCAGAGGCAAGGCGGCAGCGACCCCUUCUGUAGCUGCCGCCGAGGGAGAGAAGCCCAGAAGAGGAAGGAAGAGGAAUGAAAACAAGAGAAAAAAUAAGGAGAAUUCUGAAGGGGUGAGAACGCCCUGCGGCACUCCACGUGGGCGGCGGCGAAGGGGCGGCAACAGAGGCGGGGGUAGGGGCACCAAGAGGCUCUCCAAAGGCUUCUCCACUCCUCCCACCCCUCCCUCUCCCUCCUGUCCCUCCCCUCUUCUGUUUAUGGAUGAGGAUUCUGACCCGCCCUCCCCACUCCCUUACUCCCUCCUGGAACCUUGCUCGGUCCUGGACACCCCCACGCCAUCCCCCGAGCCCACCCGGCCACCUCUGAGCCCCAGGGACCCUCAGGACUCCCUCGGCGAUCUCUCCUACCUGGCUGACAUCCUACAGAUGUCACCAGAAUUCCCAGUAGACCUUGAACUCUCCUCUGAUCUUGACCUCACCUCCACCCACACCCCCGCCUCCUCCCACACCUCCCACACCCCCUCCUCCUCCGUAUCCUGCUCCUCGUCGCCCGGAUCCCACUUCGAGUUUUCCUGCACUCCUGACGUGGCGGACGCACUUUGUGAUGUGGGCCUGAGCGUGGCAGACUGGCUGGACCCCUCUCUCGGCCUCAUCUGCUCGUAAGGUGUCCCGGACAGGUGUGUGACGGGCAGGUGUGGGCGCAAAUCAUCCGUCACUGGAGGUUUGGAGAGAUCUUUACUUGUGUACGUCAGUUACUGGUGCACAUGUUUACAGUCAUGUGUGCGGCCUUGGUAGUACGCACACUUUUUUUUUUUUUCUAUUGUGCGCGCGUCUUUUGGUGUACAUACGUCCUUCUGUGUGUACGUACGGGAGGUUUGGAUCACCUGGGCUACCUUGGCUACCUGGUCACAAGGGCAUUGAUUACAGGGCCUCAGGUGAGUAACACGGGUACUGACUUUAUAUUUACCUGUGUUAAUUACAUGAGGCCCUCCACAGGUGUUACUACUGCCUGUUUAGAGGUGUUGGCAUUGCAGGUAGCACCCAGGCACAUGCCACUUACUUGGUAACACUGAUGUAAGGCUACCUAAGCUUGUAUUGUUUGUCUGGUAACACUGAGGGAACAAAGUAUACCCAAGCAUGUGUUGUUUGUCUGGUAACACUGGUGGAAAGGUUACCUUGUGUUGUUUGUUUGGUAACACUGUCAACAAGUACCUAUAUUGAAAAGGUACCCCGUCUUGUUUGUCUGGUAACACUGCGAAGUAAGGCAGGCACCACUAAUUGGAAAAGUACCUAGGCGUAUCUAUAUAUUGUCUGACAACGCUGCCGAGGUUGUGUGUUUGGGCACCGCUGGAACAAAGGUGCCUCGUGAUGACCUUGUAACCUGUACAGGGCGGAGCGUGACGGGGACUGUCCUCUGCAUCUGUUUCUCAAGCCGUGAUGUCACCUGGGACGCGAGGGAUCAGCGUGCACCUUUGGCUAUGCUCCUCUUCCUCCUCACCUGGACUAAUGAGGCAGGUGAAUGGGAAGGGAGAGAGAAGGGGAGAGGGAGACAGGCAGGCAUUCAGUAACCGUUUUCUCUCUCUCCCGGUCUCUCUCUCUCUCUCUCUCUCUCCCGUUUUCAUUGUCCACGGCUUUGUAAAGAGGAGGUUCACUUUUGGAUACAGAAAUGAAGCUUUUUUUUAUUUUUUUUCUUCCCGUCACAUACUUUUCAUCCUUUUUCCAUGUGAUUUCUUUCCUCUCUCGAGUCCGAAUGUGUCUGCAUUUUGCCGAACCCCCUGGCAGGCCUCUUGUGUAUGAAGUGUAUAAAGUAAUGAGGCAUCAAGGUGUUAAUAUUUAGAAUAGAGUAUAUAUACAUUUUUGAUAUCUUUUUUAUAUACAUAUUUAAUGGCACGGCUUGUACCUACGUAGUGAUAUAAAUGUCGUGUUCCCCACCACACCCUUUGUUUUCAUUAAUUUAUGCAUUUAUUCCUUGCCUCAAACUUCCAUAUCAGUCACUCCUUUUAAGUUUACGUUUUCUUCCAUUCACGGACUACAACUUUCAAGUCCCGUGGAUCUCCGUUUUCUUCAGGAUUGAGUUACGACUACAUCACGUUUUCUCUCAGUUCCUCUUCGCUUGCACUUUCCCAAAUCAUCCACUUCUUUGUAUGAGAAACCAAACAGAUGAAAAUACUCUUCCCUUUUCUCCACUAAGUUUCCAUCAUCUCGUUUUCUUUCAACUUGCACUUCCGAAACCAUCCAUGUUAUGAUCUCUGUCCUCAGUUUUCGUCCUUGUUUCAAUAACAAUUAGACGGUAAAGCUGUAACGCACUGGAUGUUGUUAUUGUUGUUAUUGUUGUUGCUGUGAAAGCUAAGACUGGCAGCUGCUAACCAAACAACUGCCUGUAACUGGGCAAUGCCACACACCCCCUCCACACUCCCCCUUAGGUACAGGAAAGAGAGAAAACUGACUUCCUCCAUGGCAAACUAUCAUAAAUUUUGGUUUCAGUGCAGUGAUGAGUUUGUAAAAUGUGUGAAAUUGAAUCGGUGAAAGAUAGACAGAGGAAAAGAACGAGGGAAGGAAAAAUAGUUCAGAAGUGAGGUGAAAAAGAGUUAUGAAGAGAAAAAUUUGUAAUUACGUGAGUAUUUUUUAUUUUUUUGACGUAAACAGUGAAAACAGCAAGAAAGGAAAGGAGACAGGAGGUUCAACACCACCACGAUAAACCACACAGACAUGGAAACACAAUACGUAGGACAAAGAAACAUACACAUGACUAGAGCACUUAAGAAGGUAAAUAGAGAAUAAAUACAGCACGGGUGAACAGAAGAGAGGAGAAAACAUCACAUCCACCAACGUACCUUUCCAUAAACAAGAAUAGGAGGAAAGAGACGAGAAAAAAAUAUGAAAAAGAAACGCAUCCUUUUCACAAAUAAAAAGAGAUAGAAAAAAAAA